UCCAGAUUCCAGACAGCUAAUCAAAGGCACUUGGUGGAGCACAGUGGGGGAAGGAGCUGGUUUUGGCCAGCUCAGAACAUAGCAAGCCGAGUGGGUCUCUGUGUUUGAACUCUCCAGGAAAACUCUUGUCGCCAGUCCUUGGAUUUAAUCAUGCAUACAAAGGGCUUUCUCGGCUUGGUGAUGCUGCUAUUCGCCUCUUCCGUCUUCAUUUUGUUGCCUGCUAUUCCACAAAGUUCAUCCUUGACCCUGCGGAAUGGUUUAAAAAGCACCUCAUCUUGCAGACUUUCCCGGUCUGAGUCAGAGCAGCGAUGUCAAAUUCCAGAUGGAAAACUGUGCAGUGGCAGAGGCCAAUGUGAUUGUGGGGUCUGCAUCUGUCAAGUGACUGAGCCAGGCAAAUAUUAUGGGCCAUUGUGUGAAUGUCAUGAAUGGGUAUGUGAAACCUAUGGUGGAGAAAUCUGUGCAGGCCAUGGAAAGUGUGAUUGUGGAAAGUGCAAAUGUGAAGAAGGUUGGUAUGGUGAUGCUUGUCAAUACCCAACUAUCUGCAAUUUUACACGGAGGAAGAGUAAUGAAAUGUGCAAGAAUUCUCAAGACAUCAUUUGUUCAAAUGCAGGUACUUGUCACUGUGGCAGGUGUAAAUGUGACAAUUUAGAAGGAAAUGCAUUGAUCCAUGGUAAAUACUGUGAGUGUGAUGACAGAGAAUGUAUAGAUGAAGAAACAGGACUGAUGUGCACAGGCCAUGGCAUGUGUUACUGUGGAAACUGUUACUGCGAGGCUGGUUGGCAUGGCGAUAAAUGUGAGCUCCAAUGUGACAUCGCCCCCUGGGAGAUCAAGAAGAAGUGUACCUCUCCAAAUGGCAAAAUCUGCAGCAACAGAGGAACAUGUGUGUGUGGAGAAUGCAUAUGUCAUGAUGUUGACCCAACUGGAGAUUGGGGAGAUAUUCACGGAGAUACCUGCGAAUGUGAUGAACGAAACUGCAAGGCAGCCUAUGAUCGAUACUCAGAUGAUUUCUGUUCAGGUCACGGCCAGUGUAACUGUGGACGAUGUGACUGUAAGACAGGAUGGACAGGGAAGAAGUGUGAACAUCCAAUUUCUUGUCCUAUCUCAGCUGAAGAGAGCCUUAAGAAAUGCCAAGGAGAUUCACAUCUUCCGUGUUCUGGCAAAGGAAAAUGUGAAUGUGGCUGGUGUACAUGUUUUCCUCCUGGAGAGUCCAAAAUAUAUGGCAAACUUUGCGAGUGUGAUGAUAGGCAGUGUGAAGACAAUGAUGGCAAUGUCUGCAAUGAUCACGGGAUCUGUUCCUGUGGUCGUUGCAUUUGUAAGGAUGGAUGGUUUGGAAAAUUGUGUCAGCACCCAAGAAAAUGUAACAUGGCCGAAGACGAGAGCAGAAGUUUCUGUGAAUCAGCCGAUGGUAUAUUAUGCUCAGGAAAGGGUUCCUGUCACUGUGGAAAAUGCAUCUGUUCUUCCCAGGAAUGGUACAUUUCAGGAGAAUUCUGUGAAUGUGAUGACCAGGAUUGUGACAAAUAUGAUGGCCUUAUUUGUACAGGAAAUGGCAUAUGUAGCUGUGGAAACUGCGAGUGCUGGGCAGGUUGGACUGGAAAUGCUUGUGAGAUCUGGCUUGGGAGUGAAUAUCCCUAACAUUGCCAUGAAACACUGAACACUGACGGAUAUGUGGUGUAGAAUAAAGCUGCUAGACUACAUAAAUGUAAGAUGAACACAACCGAAAAAAUCCUACCCAUCCUAAUCAAUCAGCUCAGUAAAAUAUUUCUUAAAAUAUAAGAGCACAUCUGUGUGGCUCUGUUGUUCUAAUUCUGCAUAUAUAUUCUUUCUCCCUUGCGUAGCUUUUAAGUGUGCUACAAAUGAGACAAGAUUUAUUAUAUAUUGUACUUGGAUGACUGAACAUCAGUUUCCUGUUUUAAAUGAAACAAUUCAAAAUGGUUUAGGAUUAUGCAAAAUGACUGAAUUGGUGACAGUGAUGUAGGGGAUCCUUCUGACUAUGGAAAUCAGUUCAUUUUUCUCUUGAAAACUUUCAUAUAGAUCCCUACAAAAGCUGCUUGCUGUUUAGUUUACCACUUACUAUCAAUCUUCAGUCACUUAUUUGCAAGACUCGAGGGGAGGGAACUGGGUAGAAUAGGAGCAUUUAAGGACAUUCCUUCCUGCAUUAAAGCAUUGCUUCCUUCCACAGGAUUAGCAAUAAGAUCAAACCAUUUAUCUUGAUUUAUGCAUCCCCUGCUUUUUUACGGGAAAAAAUAAAGCACCUGAAUCUUGAAAAA